ACGGUCGCGUCCGGUACUUGUGUCCGGAUCGUCGAAUCACGUGCAUUCUCAACGAAGGGUGAGAUAAGCAAUGUCGGCAUUAUUGUUCAUCGGGCGUGUUACAACAACGUCGUCAUCGUAUUGUCCUAGAGAUGUGUGAAAGUCCUCCAGGAUUAGCGCUGCAGCUAAAUCCAUGAUUGUGGCAAAAUGGUGGAUCGGCAAAAAGCACUUUUAAUAGUGUUAUUAGCGCUCCUGAUCUACCCAAACGACAUCUUUGGCGGCGCUUUCCAGCCCGAAUUCUCCGGUCCUAUCAACAAUCUAACCAUCGCACUCGGGAGGGACGCCACUUUUACGUGUCUGGUGAAACAUCUAGGAGGUUACAGAGUCGGCUGGGUGAAGGCGGACACGAAAGCGAUCCAAGCGAUACAUGACCACGUGAUCACGCACAAUCCGAGAGUAUCCGUGUCUCAUAGUGACCAUACUAUGUGGAAUCUUCAUAUUAAGUUCGUGCAAAAAGAGGACGCCGGUCUUUACAUGUGCCAGAUCAACACGGACCCGAUGAAGAGUCAGACAGGUAUGCUGUCAAUUGUUGAACCACCUGAUUUCGACCCUGAGGCUACAUCGGGCGACGUAAUGGUGGGCGAGGGCAGUCAGGUGAAGUUAACGUGCCGGGCGAGAGGCGUACCCCCGCCGCGCGUAUCUUGGCGCCGAGAAGACGGCAAGAACAUUAUAAUUCGGGAGCCAUUUGCAGGAAGCACCCAGAACCAGAAGUCUCAGGUAACUUCCGUGUCUGAGGUUUCCGGCGAAGAAUUGAAACUGACGAAAAUCUCGAGGACCGACAUGGGAGUUUAUCUGUGCAUCGCCAGCAACGGGAUUCCGCCCGCGGUCAGCAAACGUAUUUCCAUCAAUGUUCAUUUCCCGCCGGUGAUUCACGUACCCAAUCAGCUGGUCGGGGCGCCCUUGGGGACCGACGUAGUACUCGAAUGUUUCGUUGAGGCGUCUCCGAAAUCGAUUAACUACUGGGUCAAGGACCCUACGGGUGCGAUGAUACUAUCCAGCGUCACGUACGACGUACAGACACAGAACAAGUCGCCGUUCGAAGUCCGGAUGACUCUCACCAUCCGGAAUCUGCAGAAACACGACGUGGGAACGUACCGGUGCGCGGCCAAAAAUUCCCUCGGCGAGGUCGAGAGCAGUAUUCGAUUAUACGAGAUAUCUGGCUCGGAGAAGAUGCAGACGAAGACUUCGGCGCCGUUCUACGACGAGGAAGACGAGACGGUGUACGGCUCGGCGGAGUACGACAAAACGGAAAACAAGUCGCCGACAGUGGACAACACGGUUCACGGCCACAUGGGUUAUCCGCUCGUCACGCCGUUCUCCACGAUCGGCAAGAAACGACCUUCGGUCAACGUUGUCAGUUCGGCCGGUGAUCCUUAUCCACAGGUUCUAUCCAUCGUUCUGUCAUCGCUAGUGCCAGUGAUCUCUGUUUGCCGAAGAUGGUGGUGGUGGUGAUGACCUAAUCAAUGGAUUGCAAGCUCGCGGAAGAGAUAAACCAGAGAUUGAAGAUCGCGCGGGGCGUAUCUUGAUUGUUGCUUGAUAGUCGGACCAAGAGAUCAACCGGUGAGUGACUAAGUUAAUUAAAUUUGAGAAUUAAAUCCAGUGUACUUUAAGUUUGUUUUAUUUCUGUUACGGUUAACGUUGCUUUGUCAAAUUAAAUAUUUGAUUAAGAUACGCCCUGUAAAUAAGUGUCCAAAAAUAAUUAAUUAAUAGUAUAUAACAAAAAAACAUUGAUGGACGCAAAUAGUAGAAAAAAUGACAACGAAGCGGUAGAGGCCGAAGAGCAGAUAUAAAUGAAUAGAACAACAAGGGAGAAAAGAUAUGUAUAUAUAUAUAUCUUGCGAUGAUAGUCGCGCGGAUCAGAGAGCCGAAGAUUCGUAACCUCGCAUUUUCGGCGGCAAUAAAUCUGCGUGAUGUGUAUAUAUGUACGUGUAUUAUAUACGGGCACGCUCGCACGCGUAUAUAUGUGCAUACUAACACGUCAGGGUAACUAAUACGUUCGUGCCACCUUCCUCCUCAUCCUUCCGCUGCGCUCCCCUUUAAAUCGCGUGCGAGCGGCGUAGCAUUCCGUAGAUAGAUAGCUCCCGUGAUCACGCCGAUGUAAUAGAAUAUGUAUGUCGCGAUUUAAAGAGCAUCGAAAGCUUUAAACGAGUUUGGCUCGGAAGUAGCCAAGACGCCGUAUUGCGUCCGCCUCGAUGUGGACACUCCUGAUUUCGGACCAAUCGAUUGCGGACGAGCGGUUCGAAGUUGUUCGCCACUUCCGCUACGAUCACAGAGAUGUGCGAUCGGGUUUGUAUUUUCUUUGAUGAAGAUGUGUGCUUUCCUUUUUCUUUGCAGAUUAUAUUGUUCACUCGAGAAUCUUUUUAAGGCACUCCCAGCAAUAGCUCUCCAGACAAUAAUUCCGCAGUCAACAUUAAGUAAGAUUUUUGAAGAACAUUUAUUUCCUACUUUCCGAAUGCGAUUCUCGAUAUCAAAACACCCCGAUAACAGUGAAGAGUUGUUUUCAAUGAUUGUUCACUUGAGAGUUUUGCUUUUGAGUAUUCGAUAUUAAAAGUUUUUGGUUAAAAUACAAUCAAACGAUAUUCACGGAAUAGUUACUCGAGAACUUCAUUCUUUUGCAGCAACUAUCAAUCAUAUGGCUCUUGAUUUAAGCUUAACUUAAAAACAAAUCUCUUCUUUCUUGGAAGAUAUUCUUUUUUUUAGAACAAAAGAUUAAACAGAUAAUAUAUAGGUAAUGAAAACUUAUUUAUAAAAAUUUACGUUUAAAUAAACAUCGUCAUGCAAAUUUAUAAGAGCAAUUCAAUCAAAACGCACUGAACAUCAAUAAAAAAUUUUAAAUAGCGCAAUUGUUUUGCAAUUAAGUACCGAUGUUUGAUCGUGUUCGGUGUGAGCGAAACAACUAAAUAAAUGUUCGAUAUACUACGGCGGCGAUUCUCUUUUUAACGCGAGUGCUUCAAGUAAACGUGCAUAUGUGAGAGAAAGAAUGUGUGUAUAAGUGAUAGAGAAAGAGAGAGAGAAAGAGAGACAGACAAGAUACUAAUUAUAUUUUUAUAUUUGAAUAAUAACAAUGCUUACGUUUCGUAUCGAUAGACUUUUUAAUUACGUCGGAGUUUCAUCCAGUCCUUUUACUUUUUGACGUUCGGUUUUCACAGAAGUAUUUCUAAUUAGACCUAUACAACAACGAACGUUGUAACAUAAUGGCGUGUUAAAGUUAAUUCCAGCUUUGUUUGUGAAUUUCCGUCCCGUCAUUCUCGGGCGCAGAUCCACAAAGUACAGCUGGCACGGUCGUGGAAAGAUAAUAAAAUCGAUUGCAUAGAUUGCCACGCACCGCUCACUACGACAAUAUCGUAUUCACUUGCUAAAUAAAUCGAGCACGAACCACUCGGUUUUGGAGUUUUAUGGCGACUGAAAUUGCGUCUCGUUACGCUUCGCGGUUCGUUUUCGGAACUCACCGACAGCUCUCUCGCGCAGGAGGUACCCAAUCGUACGUGCCCAAUCUCCGGUCAAAUCUAUUUUUAUUCUUGCGUCUCUCGAUCGAUUUGUUCUUCGCGAUAGCUCUAGUCGCAUUUAAUAACUCUUAAAUACCGAUUGUUUUUUUGUUGUCAUGCGAAACACGAAGGGAAAGUUAAUCCUUUCACUAUCCUAUCGAAUUUCAAAGUGAACUAUAACAAAGCCGUAGAUCUAUGCCGUAGAUCGUACACAUAGUUUCGAAAUAACGAUGGCGAUGGAAAAAAAUCCGUUUCAAUGACGAGAUGGAUACAAUGUUUAAGCUAGCAUCGUUUUAAAUUAUAUAACAAAAUAAAUACAAAUUUAAUUAAGAGAAUUUCCAAAACUGUUAUAUAUAUAUAUUUUUUAUUUUUUAUCGUUAGGUUCACGAGAUUUCGCUGAAUUAUCACAUCUGAUAAACUUGUCGCUUGCAACGAGCUCUUCAAUUAACCAAUGGCUCUUUGCGCUUUCGAUAUAAUAUGCGAACGUGCCACAUUCGUCACUACAGCUCACGUCGAAAUGGGCAGUCACAAAAAAAUGCCGCUUGCGCGAAGCGUACCUCAAGCGUCCUCACGAGAGUCAAUGAAUGGUCGCUCUCCCUCUCUUUCAUAGUAACCAAAAAAAAAGAGGCGAGAGAAAAAAUUGCGAGUUUUUCCCUUGCCAACCCAAAUCGCGCUCGUUUGCGACACGUCGACUCAGUCCGCGCCGAGCGUGUUCCCUCUUAUUUCGCCGAAGGGAAUCCUCAUUCCGGAACGAUUAUCGUCUCUCUUUCUAUGACACGACGGUGAGGAACGAAGGAGAGGCGGAUCCGUCUCUCUCGGUCACCGUGAGAAAUUAUAAGGGCGAAUCCGCCUUUAAGGACUGGAAGAAGAUCUUAGUUCCUCCAUAAAUAAACACAACUGCCCGCGCAGCUGGUGCGGACGUAAUUCAUCGUGAAUUAAUUUAAGGGCCACCGCCGCGUUUCCAUCCCUCCGUUCUCUUGCCACCACUUCCGCCGCCAUCGCUUUCAUUAAAAGGCCCGCCGCCGUGCCGCGCCAUUUGGCGGCUCUCUCGCUUUAUGCUGAUUUUAUUUCCCUUCUUUCGCGAACUCGGGCAGCAUCCACCGGGUAAUUGUGCGGUAUUAUUAUCCGCCGUGGCUCUCAGUGUCCGUGAACGACCGCGUGAGAUACGACCCAUCGAACCAAGCGGGAGUUGCCGAAGUGAGGAGAAGAUUUCACGGUUCGCUGGAGGUGCUGCACAUCUCUUCUGUCGUCCUCGCUUCCAUUUCUAUUCUCGUCGUCGUAGUCGUCGUCGUUGUCGUUGUCGUUGUCGUCGUCGCCGUCGCUGUCGCCGUCAUCGUUGUCGCGAUGCCCUACGACGCCGACGACUCCUUCGUACGACUUCCAAACGGGCUUACCAGUCCGUUUGAACUACGGCGUGAAGUCGUCUCUGUAAAGUUACAGCUACAGUUGCACAGAGCGUACCUCUUUGCACCGGCCGUCUCUCCGUAUGGCCGCUCGUAGAUUUUGGCCCCCCUCGGCCGUUUGCUUAAUCCUCGCCGGUUACGCUUAUUAAAGUUCCGAGAGGUACGACGUGUAAGCCCGUCGUCGGGGUGCGGUAUAUAUGUACAGAGAACGCGGAACGCGGAUAGUUACGUACGCGCGCUGACUUGCACGGCGGUUGGUUUAUCGCGUCCCUCGCAGUCCGUUCGUUUCAUUGUUUCGAGACGUAAAGUAUAGUUUCACAAGUGCAUGUUGCGCGUUGCAACGAAAACACGACAUAUUACAACAUCGGUUGUUCUCCGAAUUUUAGCUGUUUGUGAAUUACUAGAUGUAUUAUAUGUUUUAAAUAACAGUUUUAUUUUUUAUUAAUGUGUCUUGCACAAUAUAUCCUCUGUUAAUAUAUCUUCUUUUGAUUCAAUGCCUCGAACAUUGAUAUAUUGAAGCGUUUUAAUUGCCGGGUAAUUUUCAGAUUUCUCUGUGACACGAUCGAAUAGUUUCGAGAAGUUUGUUUUGAAUGAAUCUUAAGUAGGUCGAUUAAAGUCUGGUGUAAAGUUUCGAGAACCUUCCUAGAAGAAGAAGAAUUAACAACUUUCUCUUUUUUCUGUGUGAAUUAUUGUCUUUUUGAAUUGUUCUUUUUUUUAGCAUUUACACGGGGAGAGACAAUUUGAUGCUAUUUUAAUUUCCUAAUAUAAAUUUUAUUUUCUUUUUUUGCUUUAAUCAUGGAUUGAUAUUUCCAUAAAUUAUUUUUGCACAGCAGUCGAUACGCUAUAUAUGUGAUUUCUGGACUAUAUUUUUUGUUUUGUUAGUACAUCGGCGCUUAUCUUUUUCAUGCUUUUUUUAUUUGGUGUUUUGCAACAUAUCUUGCUGUUGGAGCUGUUAGUUUCUUUGCGUUUAUCAAGUCGUAAAUUAUAUCACAUCUUUCUUAUUAAACAAAAAUACUGUUGUGAAAAAGUCUUGAACACUUGUUUCAGAACUUCGUAGGUUUUAGCCGUGACGGACACGUUGCGAGGAUAUUUGCUUCCUUCAUAUUCCUAAAUGCGCCGAAUAAUUCGAUUCCGCGCUUAUUUUCUGAAUUUUAUCUUUGAGUUUUGGUGACGGGGUCAAUAUCAGAAUAUAGUUUCUCAGAAACCGAAAUGUAUUAUGGAUGUCGCCCGGGGAAAACAUUCCCGCGUGUGAGAGCCACCAAUGAAUUUUCCACGUAACGGGAUAUCUACGGUCGCCCUCGAGUAGCCCUCGAAAUCCCAAAGACACGUAUCUCUCGUCGUACAAGUUACCACUGACGGUUAUUUGGCAGCUGUACGUCACUGUCGUCGUUCGGUGCGACUCCUCAUUUCUCCUCUCGCGCUUCCGGUUACCUUUCCAGACUGCCACAUCAGACAAUACAGGAAAAACGAAACUUUCAAAUAAAAGCGAAAUACUAUUAGCAGUAUGCAUGAUGCGCGCACAAAAAAAAUGAUACUUUACUCUUUUUAAGAAAUAUAUACAUAUAUAUAAAUAUAACUCUCACUCCAUAUUCUUCUCUUUUCCGGCGCCGCUAAGCUUUAGGAGAUUCGCUCUAUAAACAGAGGAGCCUGUGUACUAUGUACCUUUGUAAGAUAAUAAAAAACCAAGUUGAUAAAAUGUGGAAGAUGUUCCUUGAUUCGGCUCAUAAUAUGAGGUGUUUCAAGAACUAGGUCUUGACAAGAGACCUAGCGAUGCAAAAAUACGCUCUGAGAAUCUUCCAGUUAACGUGCGCUUAUGCGCUUCUUGAUGAGUGUUCAUGAGGCUAAAAUAAAUUGCAGUGUCGUUGUUCACGAGUGCGAAAUCGAUUUAACUUGUACAUUAAAAAAACAUAGUUGCUGCAUUGUAUGUUGAAUAGAACAAUUGGUCCACGUGCUAAAAACCCACAGCAUAUCGUGCAAGUAUUAUCUUGCAAGUGAGAUAUACUACUGGUACGAACGAACGUUUGGAUGUUGACAAUGUGUAUCAGUGCGUAAAAGCUAUCUUCCUGUAUAAACAGAAUUUUCGCGAAGUUGUAGCGUUUCGAUAUGAUUCCAGUAUUUUUUUUUGCCUGGUGCGCGGUGUGUAUAGAACUCGCAUAAUUUUAUAUAACUAUACGUAUGCGAUCGAUCGUUCUCCAGCGAGAGCGAAAGGUUAAUUAAAGCGUCGGCGACAAGUGACGCAGAUUGUAUAAAUAUAGUCGUGUAAGAAAGUAGCGGCGAAGUAAUUCUGUAAAUAAUUGUGAACAUAUUGUAACCAAAAAAUAUC